AUGGCGCCAUCCGAAUCUAAAGAGCGGAAAGUCCGUAUCUCAUUUACAAACUGGGUCGCUGGAGGUUCGUUGCUCUCAGUACCAAAAGGCCCACGAGAUGAAAGGCGGCGCGCCCCGAAGGUGACAGUCACCCAGCCUACUGAUAAUAUCAAACAACCUAUGGCCGAGAAAGACAAGAAGGAUGACGCAAAACUUGACGACCAUGUCAGCCAAAACCAAAGCAAGCUACUUGGAGAGCAGAAACUGGACAACAACAGUGCAAUCGAUACUACCUCUAUUUCCGGGAAGUCUUGGACAGAGGAGCAAGACUCUAAGCUCAGAGAGAUGAAGAAAGCUAAUAAGUCCUGGAAGGAAAUCACUAUCGCCCUGGGCGCUAGUAAGAAGGAGGUCGUGGCCAGGCAUAAUGAACUUACGCAAAUGGACGAUGGAGCUGCAGAGGCAAAUCAAUCGAAUGACGCCAUUGGGAAGGAUGAUAAACCAGAAGAUGGGGGCUUUGGUGAUAUGGCGGCCAUUUUCGACGAUGCCGUUGAUGUGGGAGAGAAUACCACGCCUGAACAGGGGGUUGCUUCUGCUGAAGGGGGAAGUAAACCACAGAAGAGUGACAAGCAGAAGGGCAAAGAGAAAGCAUUGUCUAGGCGGCCCCAAGAAGGAGACCAGAAAUCCGAAGAAUGCGACUGUCCCGACUGUAUUCAAGAAAGACAAGCCGGCCGAACCCAACAAGGCAUUAACUAUGGCAAAGUUGGUCAGAUAUACCCGGAAUCAAGCGCCAGUGGCGGGCAGACUGAGGAAAGUGUGCACAGAAGUCUACAGCCGGAUAAUAUCUGGACAGAAGAGGACUGCCGGAUCUUGGAGGAAUUAGAGAAGAGGCAUAGGGAAAACAAAUGGUUGGAGGUCCAGGCUGGAUUUUUCAAUUGGACGGGGCGGAUGGUCGCGGCGGAGAUUAUCGAGAAGAAGUUUAAGGGAGAUAGAGUUGCGUAG